AUGGUGACAUCCAUCAAAGAGCUAGUGUCUGGUCUGUUUGGGGCGAAGGAAACUCGUAAACGAGAGGAUGGGUCGCUGAGUAGAUGGCGUAGGACGGCUCGGGAGGCCCGGAAACCCCAGUUUCGGGUACAAAAACCACGAGAAAGGACGAAAAUUGGACCACGUAGGGUGACAAGAAGAACCACGAAUGAUUUGAAGACGGUUCAGUCAAAAGGAUGGCUAGACAGAAUCAAAAGCGUAUUCUCUUCAGAAGAGGAUGACUUGAAAGCUAUGGAGAAGGCGUAUGCCGGUUAUACCGUGACAACAGGUGUUCCACAAACGUUGCACACGCGAUCCCAAAUUCAAAGACGUAUUGCGAACAGCGCGGCCCUGAAACGCAGGUUACUAGAGAAACAAUACGACGAUCGGAUGCUAGAUGAGCUCAGAAGAGUGCCUCGUAAAGCGUUAGGACCAAAGCGACUUCCACACGCUUCCGAAAUGGAUCAAGUAAUUUUGCUCGAAACACAACUCGCAGACGUCACACAACGACUCGCCACGACCAAGGACGAACUUAGAGUCAUGCACAAGAAACUUAAGUUCGCCACAGAGAAAAACUCGCUUCUGGAAAGUUUGAUCGAUGAUACCAACAUAGAUGACGAUUAUUUGAAAUCUCGACGCAGAAUUACUAACUUGCAAAGAAAUGAUCUGAAACCCGCACCCGACACGCUCUUACCAUCUCCAGUGCACCACGUCGCGCCGUUGGUGACAUCCAGUCCUUCCAAAUACAGGAUUCCGGCCGAUAUUCUACAAGACACGGAACUCGACUUUUAUGCCAAGUAUCCCACCAUUCCAAAAGCUGAAAAUUUCAAAAACGACCCCAACGACCUCAGUGAUCACAGUGACUCGUUGUCGCCGAUCAGAGUCGACUAUUCCAAGUACAAUUCGUCCCAUGUCGGUUAG